GCUCGGCUUGCCAUACUUCCCGCAUUUUGGCGGGCUGGGAAUGCUCCGACGGGAUCGAUAACGUGGGAGGGGUUUCUGGAUCCGUGGCAGGCUCGCGCGGUGGAAGCGGUUUGAACCGAGCAGAUCAUCGGAUAGCUGCCGCUUUCUGGGCCGCUAGACGACUGAAACCACUGCCAAGAUGUCAGACGAGGAGCAGGAACAGACCAUAGCCGAAGACUUGGUGGUCACCAAGUACAAGAUGGGUGGUGACAUUGCUAACCAGGCUCUCCGUCGAGUCAUUGAAGCAGCCAAACCCGGGGUUUCUGUGCUCAGCCUGUGUGAGGUGGGAGACGCCUAUAUCAUGGCUGAGACUGGAAAAGUCUUCAAGAAGGAGAAGGACAUGAAGAAAGGCAUUGCGUUCCCCACCAGCGUCUCAGUCAAUAACUGUGUUUGCCACUUCUCUCCCCUGAAGAGUGACCCAGACUACACACUUAAAGAUGGGGAUCUGGUUAAAAUAGAUCUUGGGGUUCACGUUGAUGGCUUCAUUGCUAACGUUGCUUAUAGCUUUGUCGUGGGAGCCAGUAAGGAAAACCCCAUCACAGGCCGGAAAGCAGACGUCAUCAAAGCAGCCUAUCUGUGUGCAGAAGCAGCUUUACGUCUCGUGAAACCCGGCAACCAGAACACUCAAGUGACAGAAGCCUGGAACAAGAUUGCACAUUCAUUCAAAUGCUCGCCGGUUGAGGGAAUGCUGUCUCACCAGUUAAAGCAGCAUGUCAUUGAUGGAGAAAAGACUAUUAUCCAGAACCCGACAGACCAGCAAAGGAAGGACCAUGAGAAGGCAGAGUUUGAGGUGCAUGAAGUAUACGCUGUGGACGUCUUGAUUAGCACGGGUGAAGGAAAGGCCAGAGAUUCUGGUUUGAGGACCACAAUUUAUAAGCGAGACCCCAGUAAGCAGUAUGGUUUGAAGAUGAAGACUUCUCGUACUUUCUUCAGUGAAGUGGAGCGACGCUUUGAUGCCAUGCCCUUCACUCUUAGGGCUUUUGAGGACGAGCCCAAAGCCCGUCUUGGAGUGGUAGAGUGUGCCAAACACGAACUGCUGCAGCCCUUCAGUGUGCUGCAUGAGAAAGAGGGGGAGUUUGUUGCACAGUUUAAGUUCACAGUGCUGCUGAUGGCCAACGGGCCUCAUAGAAUCACCAACGGUCUCUUCGAUCCAGAUUUCUACAAGUCGGAGCAUGAAGUUCAGGAUCCAGAACUAAAGGCUUUACUACAGAGCUCCGCAAGCCGUAAAACGCAGAAGAAGAAGAAAAAGAAGGCUUCAAAAACAGCAGAAAAUGCAGCUGGACAGCCGACUGAAGAGAUGGAGGCAGCAAAAUGAAACCUUUCACACAUUCAAGACCCCAAAGACAAGAAACUAUGACCAGAUCCCCCUGGACUCUCUCAGUCUCUACAUGACAUAGAUUGGAGUUGACAGACUGAUAAAAUUAAUUUAUAAAAACAUCAGCAUCAAUUUAUUUGGCUAUUUUACACUGACGUUAACCCUUUACUGCAUUUAUAUAAAGUUCCACUGUAAAUGUUGGGCUUUCUUAUCAGAAUUUGCUACAGUAUUUUUAAAAAGGUUUUGGUAAUUUGUAGUUUUUAUUUUUUUUAUUUAUUUAUUUAUAUUUUUAUUUUUCAGAAAAAUAUAUUGGCAGCUUGCAUAGCUUAUUAUUGAUUUGUUUGAAAGAAAAGAUUUGGGUUCCUGUAACCAUUGAUGAAGGUCUUUAAAUUCUAUGACUUUAUGGAGACAGUUGUGGAUCCUGGUAGUUUAAAGCUUUGGUUUGUGAGACCCAUCAGAUUUUUCUUUUGUGUGAGAAAUCAUUUCAUUGUUUUGGAUGUUUUAUCCCAACGUGUUUUUCCAGGAUUAGACGACGAUUUCAUUUUACACUGCAUUAAAAACAUUUUUGAUGUGAUGAUGCAGUAAAGGGUUAAUUUAUUAUUUUGUUUUCUUCAUGAAUUUAUGCAACCAAAAAAACCUUAUCGUUAUCCAAACCAUUUUUAAUUAGUUUUCUUGGGAUUUUAGGAAAAGUUAAUGACAUUUAAGGUUGAAACUGCAAUGGUUUAAACCACAUUAGAUUUUAUGCAGUCUGAACAAGAGAAUAUUUUUUUAAAUACACAAAAAGGUAAAAAUCUGUCUGAUUUUAGGGAACAAACCGCUACAUCGACUGCCAUUUCUUUUUGUUAUGAAGGUUGAAAUUACACUUUGUGCAUCAGUUAAUAAACUUUUCUAUCAGACCUGGAACUUGCAUUAGUCUUAUGAAUGAUGGAGACAAAAUGUUAUGGGGACAUUUCUUGAGGAGUGUUGUAGGCCAGUUCAUGUCUGUUUCAUUUUGAGGUCUGACAUGGUGUUGGAUCAUGUUAGUCCACAAAAAUGUUGGCGAGAGCAAGUUGGUGCUUUCUAGCCCAACUAUUUUAAAAAUGGAACUUUACAUCUGAGGAAAUAAAAAAAGGUUUUCAUACCCUUU